AUGUUAUCGUCACUAAUUAAAGAACAUCAAGUAAAACAAGCUUCAAAAAGAGUUAUACAAGAACAAAAACGAAAAGAAUGUAUAGCUGCUGCAAAUGAUUUGACUCAAGCACUUGUUGACCAUCUAAAUGUUGGAGUGGCCCAAGCCUACCUAAAUCAAAAGAAAUUAGACGCUGAAGCAAAACUACUGCACCAAGGUGCUAUCAACUUUGCUAAGCAAACACAACAAUGGCUAGCUCUUGUAGAAAACUUUAGUAGUGCCCUCAAAGAAAUUGGAGAUGUAGAAAACUGGGCAAGAAGCAUUGAGAAUGAUAUGAAAAUUAUCACAGAUACAUUAGAAAGAGCUUACGAAAUGACACAAGAACAACCGACCAGUGCUAGCAGCACUAGUACUAGUAGUAACCAAUAA